AUGUUGUGCAUGUGGCUUUCUAAUGGGGUUUUGCUAUGGGAUGAGUGUGCAUUUUGUGUCUCUCUUGCGGGGUUUGGUGCUUCUUAUGUAAGCGGAACAGGCAUCAAAGCAGUGCAUGUGAUGAGCCCAAAGAAAUUGAUUGGUUUGAUUAUGGGAGCAAUGCCUUGGGACUUUUUUAGCCAUGUUAAUGAAGAGUGUUUAAUGACAACACGACUCCUCGAACAAAAUCAAUCUAGUUUUCAAUCCCUCUUCCUCAACUGA